CACCCACCUCUCCCCUUAUCCAACACUCCUACCCUGAAUAGUGCCACUGAACCCUCCUGUGCCUACACACGGUCGUUUCAAGAUGUUGCGGAUGCUACUGCUGUGUGUGGCGGGUUUCGGCCUCUGCCUCGGCCAGGUGCUCAAGCCCGGCGCCUGCCCAGAGUUCAUUCCCAAGACUGACUUCGAGGUGCCCCCAUAUCUCGGCAAAUGGCUGGAGAUCGCACGAUUCGCCACCAAAGACCAAGAGGGCCAGACCUGCAACUACGCCGAGUACUCUGACAAUGGGGACGGCACGGUGGGGGUGCACAACGCGGGGCUGGAGGAAAACGGGACCUACACAGAGAUCUUCGGUUAUGUGGAGACCACUGAUGUGCCCGGUGCCCUCGCCCUGCAUCUGGACGGCGUCCCCGUGGUAGGCAGUUACAACGUGCUGGAGACAGACUAUGUCGCUUACACUUCCGUCUACUCCUGCAUCACCGUCAUCGGCGGCUUCCACGCGGACCAGGCGUGGGUGCUGGCGCGUCACCUCCUCACUGACCAGGAGCUCGAAGUCGCCCUGUCUGCCUUCAGCCGCUGGGGCAUCGAGGUUGAUCGCUUCAUCUUCACGCCACAAAACGACUGCUCCGGCCUACCUUGAACAUCACCUUGCCUCAUUUCACCUACCUGAACUGCCUUAAUUUAAUUGCCUCCUUUCACCUCCUCUCCUCUCCUCUCCUCUCUUCUCUUCUCUCUCUCUCUCUCUCUCUCUCUCUCUCUCUCUCUCUCUCUCUCUCUCUCUCUCGUCAUAAGUAACAUCUUUUAUGUCAACAACAUACAUCGCCACUACCUCCCGUUAUAUGCGCCAGGGUUGGAAAGUUCUUACUUUUAAGAAUCCAUUACUGAUGGGCAAAUUUACGAUUAUUUUGAAUGACAUGUAUAACAAAAAAAUAAAGAACUAUGAUGGUAGA